UCCCUUCAGUGCAGUACAAGGUGUGCUACUGUGUGUCUAUACCUCUGGACUCAGGCAUGGCACGUCUCACCCUCCCAGUCUUUCUUGUCCUUUAUUUCUCUUUGCUUCACAUAAACUUUGGCCAACCAACUCGAACCAGAAAAGUGUCCGCUCGCCAAGCAGUUGCAGAUGAAGAGGAUGUCAAGUCCCAGCUUGAGAAAUUGUGGCUGGAGGUGAAUUCACUGAAAGAGAUGCAAGCAUUACAGACAGUUUGUCUUCGUGGAAUCAAAGCUCACAGAAAAUGCUAUCUCACUAUUGACGUGCCCAAACAUUACCAUGAAGCAAAUGAGGACUGUAUUGCACAAGGAGGAACUCUUGCAACACCAAGGGACAUGAUGGAAAACAAUGAGCUGAGAGACUAUGCAAAGAGGAGUGCUCCGGGAACCAAGGAUUUUUGGAUUGGAGUAGCAGACAUAGUGAAAGAAGGCCAGUACAUUGAUGUCAACAGCCAGCCCAUCAGCUACUUUAACUGGGACCGUACCAAAAAACAGCCCACAGGAAACAAGAGGGAGAGCUGUGUGGCCCUGUCAGUGGCUGCCCAAGGAAAGUGGUAUGAUGAAGUGUGUCGCAGUUUGAAAAAGUACAUCUGCGAGUAUAUCAUUCCCUAGAGUAUCAUGCAAAGUUGCUACACGUAGGCCUGCUGUCUACAUUGGGUAAUCGAUUUAGGCUACAUCAUGUGGGUCAUAAAAACACUUGAGCUUGUUUAGUUGACAGAAUAUUCUGGACCUUUUCUUUCCAAAAUCAGCCAUUGCUUUAUGUAGGCUAUAGACAAUUUUAUUUCACUACUUUACAUUUGACAUUUGACCUCAGUUAGGCUAGCCUAUUCCUGUUAAACGAGAAUGGUUUCUAUGCAAGUGCGCGCACACGUCCGCAGAGGGAGCUUCAUGUCAACAGCCUGUUGAACACUGUACACAUCACGAUGCAUUUUGUCACUGUCCUGAACGGUCUGUUGCAGAAAUCUAAACAUUUUUGUAGCUCUAGAAAAAGAGUAUCUUAAUAAAGUACUUUGAUA